UGAUUUGAUAGGUCUCGGAGGUCGAAAUUGUCAGACACGUAAAUUUUUAAUUUCAAAUUUUUACCACGAAUCUGACUUGGGCUCAGAUUUGGACUCAGCACAACCUCAAAAAUCGCGCAUGAGGUUUUUUCUUUAACCACUCUACGAGCGUACCUAAUUUCACGCUUUAUAAUCUUUAAAUUUGUUCUACAUACAUAUAUAUUAUUUUCUAGAUUUAAUUUUUAAUAUUUAAAAAUGGAAGAUAUUUCAAAAUUAGAGUUAGCUGCUCAUUUAAUCAUGGCUCCACCAAGCCAGGUUAGUUUUCAAGACAGAAAAGAUGCUGAAGCUUUUUUUAUGAGAUUGCGUGAGGGAGCUCUUUCCGUCGAUUCUUGCAGACAAAUUUUAGAAACUACACAAAAUCACUUUUUAAUGUUUGAAUUGGCUCGUUCACUUGUUGCAAGGAUGUUGAAGGAAUGGGCUAAAUUUAAUCAAGAAGACAUUCGCAAUAUUGCUUUGUAUUUAUUGAAUUUCCCUGUUGUCCAUCAAGAUCUUCCCAACUUUGUUUCUACAGAAAUGUUUCAUUCAGCUGCAAUGAUUAUAAAAAGAAAUAGUUUAGUUGCUCAUGAAAAUACUUUUGCUGAUUUACUUUCAAUUUUGGAAACUUUUUUUAAUAAUGAAAAUCAAAAAUUGCAAUCUUUUGGUUUACAAAUAAUUGAAUUAGUCGCUACUGAAUUUUCUACUAUUUGGCGUUCUUCAAAUAUAUCUAUAACUUGGGAUUUUCAUUUAAAUGCGAAGAAACAAUUUGAGGAUGUUUUACUCAAACAACUUAUGCAACUUUCUCUCCGUACACUUUCUAAUCUUUUGUCAACUUCUCCCGAUCUCAAUUCAAUUAUUGAACAACAAAUUUGUGACAAAUUUUUAAGAGUUGCUUCUUUAAUUUUCUGCUGGAAUUUUUCGCCAAAAUAUUUAUAUUUGCAUUUUAAAGUAAUCAUAUCAGCCCUUCGAUCUAACACUUUUCGACCACCAGAAUCUUGGCAUGAAUUGUUUAAAGAUACUUCAAUAAUUACUUUCUUUAUGCAGAUGCACUCUCGAAUUCGUUUUAAUGAAAGACUUUGUGAAAAUUCAAUGGUUUGUUUAACUCAACUAGCUUCUCUUAUUGGUGAUGCUCUUGGACCUUCUGGACCAAUUGCUGUUGUCAUGCCUUUAGUUGGCAACUUGGGUGAACGACGGCUGGCAACUGUUAUGGGUGGUAUAGACGAACCAGUAUCUAGCAGAAAACCAAUUCUGCAUGACCUAUAUGUUCAAACUUUUGUUAGUCAAAUGAUUGAUUUAUUUUCUGAUAUGGUACUUGAUCACGAAAUGGUUUCACUCAGUUUGGUUAUUUACAAAUUAUUCACUUGCCAUCCAAUUUUGAUUUUUGAACGUUUUCCUGAUGAAUUGUUGCAUCGUUUUGUUGAUUUUGUUGCAAAAAAUAUUUUAAAACUUACUCAACCUACAAUAUUUUUAGCAAUGGUUUUUCAUUUUAUUUUUAACUAUUUUUAUUUUUUUUUAAUUCAGAAAAACGACCAGACAUAUAGCUCAGCAUUGGGCAAUCUCUUCCAAGUUUGGCGCCCACUUCUCCGUUCAGCCCAUAUUUUUAAAGAAAAUAUUGCGGUCUUGAUUGAAUCCCAUAAUGUUGCUAUUAUUGAGACUUUUAUUAAGUCUGUGCUUUCGCCGCCAUUUGGAAAUCGUGAAAAGCCAACGUCCGGUGAAAUUUAUGAUGAAAACGAGGAUGAAGAAGACGACAGAAUUGUGUUUAUGGAUAUACUUUGUGAUAUUGGAUUUUUCUGUUUAUAUUCUAUUGACUAUUUUGUUGAUUUUGUGACACGUUUUCCAAUUAAAGGUCAUUUUAUUCGUCAUAACUCAUAUAGUUAUAUUGGAAAUAUUCCUGAAGAAUUGGCUUUGAAAUGUCUGAAAGGAUAUCAAUCUGGCGAAUUUACAAAAUUUGAUGAUUUUUCGCCUCUUUUCCAAAAUUGUAUUGAUAACCCGCCAUUUAAUCCUGCAAAUUAUCCAGGGAGAUUGGAUCCUGUUACCUUGAUUUCAACACAAAUUCUAAGCUGGUUUUCUUUAGAACAUCAAAUGCUUAUUAAAUUGGAUCCAAAUGCUUCUUUGUUAAGUCCAACACUUUGUCAAACUUCUCUUUGGCAAUUUUCACUUUUAAUGAUUGUUCUAACCCCUCCAAGUUCUUCACUUGAGGAAGAUUCUUCUUUCGCAAAAGAAAGUGAAGAAGAUAAUUGGGGAGAAGAUCAAUCAAGAAUAUCUGUUAAAUAUUUACCUUCAAUUCCGCCAAAAAGUGCUCUGUCAGCUCAAAUAAUUCAAAUGUCUUUGGAAAAAAUGUUUACAAUUUUAACUAAAAUGCCUGGCGAAAAGAGGUUAUGUUCUGAUGUUAUAAAAUUACUUAUAAGUCUUGCUGAAUAUCGACCACUUGAAUUGGCAGAAAAUGAGAAUUUAUAUUCUUUGUUCAGUGGAAUUGAUUUUUCAAAUUUACCUGCUCGACGUCAAUUUGUUAAAGCAAUUGUUUUAAUGGGUGGAAUGCUUGAAUUACCAAUUUUGAGACAACGGAUUCAUGAAACGAUACUUGAACCAUUAAUUCAACGCUUUUUGGCUCUUUGUGAGGCUAGAGACUCUGUUGUUAAUUCUCGUUUAACUGAUCUUUUUGAGUGUUUUACUGGUAUUGCAGAUGCUGGACAAGCAGAUACUGCUCGAACUUUAUUUAAAUUUCUUCAACCAGUUUAUGAACGUUGUAUUCCAUUAAUUAGAAAUUGUUCUCAAUCUCAACCAUUAAUUGUUUCUAUUUUGGCCUUUUUAAAAUCAAAUACCGAUGUUCUUUUCUUUUACGUUGAAUCAAAAGAAGAUAUUCAGUCAUAUCAUAAUUUAUUAAUUGGUGUUAUUAAUGCUUACAAGGAUACUCAACUUCAAAGAUUUGCUUCUUUUGAGAAUGCAACAGAUGAUGAACAACAAACUCAAGAUUUAACAACUUUUAUUGAAAUUCUAUGUUUGGCUAUAACUAAAACUUACCUCCCUUUAGAUUUGUCGGAAGCUUCUGCUAUAGAUUCGGCAAAAGUUUCCCUUCACGGUAAACCUAUCUUUUAUAAUCAACUUUUGAUUUCUCAAGGCCUUGAAAUUUUAUUGCCAAUGAUGAGCGAAGAUUUAUUAAAAAUUCCUUUACUUUGUACUUCUUUCUUCCGUUUACUGAUUUUCAUUUCUGAUAUUGCUCCUGAAGCUAUUGUUCAAGUCUCUGAACAAAUGCUUAAUGGAUUUCUUGGAUGUGUUCAAUCAGCUUUAGACAAUACUUUUGGUAUUGAACGUGUUCGAUCUGCAUUAGAAAUUGUUAACAAUUUUGCUACUCAUUGCUUAUUACAAAUUCAGAAAGGUCAACAAGUCAGCCCAUUAUUGGCAGAAAAUAUUCUGAAAUUUAUUCCGAAAAUAUUUGAAUUGGCAAUGCAAUUUAGUUGUGAACUUGAAAUUUUUAAUGAAGCAACGAGCACUCUUUUUACUUUAAUUGGACUAAAUCAGGUUAUUUUUUAA